AGCCUCGGCCCAUACUCGGGGAAGGAAACGCCUAAGCACGACCAUUAUUAUUCUUUUCUUUUCUUUUUUAAACACAAAACUAGACAACCAACUUUGGUCGGGUUUGUGAUUCAGCCAAAAAACAACAACCCGACACUUUGCUUCAGUUAGGGGGUUCGGCAGAGCAACACGCCUCCUUCCGAGUGUUGGCUUCCAGUGCGGGCAGGUUUGGGCUUAUGUUUCAGCAGAAGGGAGGGAGGGGAGGAGAGGGGGCCGGAGCCGAGCGUGCAGCGCAUGUGCAGGAAGAGCCGGGAGAGCCAGCACUUAUUGAGCGCCCGCUGUGUACCCGGGGGCCGGAGCCCUGAGCUGCUCCGAGGGGAGGUGUGGACGAGCCACCAACAGCGUGCUGCAGAAGGCAGAAUGGCGAGUGUGUUGUCACGGCGCCUUGGCAAGCGCUCCCUCCUGGGAGCCCGAGUGUCUGUCCCCAGUGCCUCUGGAGAUGGCUUAGCAGCGGCAGUCCAGCCCUCAGGUUCCCAUGCUGAGCUGAUGGGGGUGGUUGCCCCUCAGCCCUUCCCUGUCUACAAGGACAACCACUGCCAGGAACAUCCUAAGGAGAUCCUAAUGGCGCCCGGUGUCCCAGGUCUGCAGCAGGUGGUGUUUCAGCCAGGGCAGAAGGUCUGUGUGUGGUAUGGGGGCCAGGAGUGUACAGGAGUGGUGGAGCAGCACAGCUGGGCAGAAGAUAAGGUGACGGUUCUGCUGCUGGACCAGAAAUUGCAGAUCUGCUGCAAAUCAGAGGAGGUGUGGCUGCCGGAGCUGAAGGGUUCUGUGCCUCAACUGCCACCAGCCAUGGAACAGGCAGCUCCUGCUACAGUGUACAGAUCCGUCUCCAGGAAUAUUGAUGUCCCGAAGAGGAAGUCAGAUGCAGUGGAGAUGGAUGAGAUGAUGGCGGCCAUGGUCUUGACCACGUUGUCUUGCAGUCCAGUAGUGCAAAGUCCUCCUGGCAUUGAGUGCAAUUUACCUGCAUCUCGAACAGCUUGUGACCUGUGGAAGGAGAGUGGGGAUGUGUCAGACAGUGGCAGCAGCACCACCAGUGGGCGCUGGAGUGGAGGCAGUGGAAUCUCCACUCCAUCUCCUCCCCACCCGCAAGCAAGCCCCAAAUAUUCCAGUGAGGCCUUUGGCUCACCAAAAGCUGACCAUGGUUUUGAGACGGACCCUGAUCCUUUCCUGAUGGAUGAGCCAGCCCCACGAAAGAGAAAGAACUCAGUGAAGGUGAUGUAUAAGUGUCUGUGGCCAAACUGUGGCAAAGUCCUGCGUUCCAUUGUGGGUAUCAAGAGGCAUGUCAAGACCCUCCACCUGGGGGACAGUGUGGACUCUGACCAGUGGAAACGAGAAGAGGAUUUCUACUACACAGAGGUGCAGAUGAAGGAGGAAGCUGCCACUGUGGCGGUUGCUACUCCCACCACUGAGACAGUUCCCAUCCAGAGUCUGACCAACCCACCCCUUGCCAUCCUACCACCACCCCUGCCCCAGGCAGAGUCAUUAGUCCUGGAACACCCUGUCUUGGAACCUUACUUGCCUACUGGUGCUCUCAGCAAGUCGGCCCCUGGUUCCUUUUGGCACAUUCAGGCUGACCAUGCAUACCAGGCACUACCAUCAAUCCAGAUCCCAGUAUCUCCACACAUAUAUACCAGCAUUAGCUGGGCUGCUGCCACUUCUACUAUCCCAUCCCUUUCUCCGGUCCGGAGCCGGUCACUAAGCUUCAGUGAACCCCAGCAGCCACCACCUACGUUGAAAUCCCACCUGAUUGUCACAUCACCACCCCGAUCACAGAGCAGCACCAGGAAAGCCCGUGGAGAAGCCAAGAAGUGCCGUAAGGUAUAUGGCAUUGAGCACCGGGACCAGUGGUGCACAGCUUGUCGGUGGAAAAAGGCCUGUCAGCGAUUCCUGGAUUGAACUUGUUGAACCUGCUUGACUUCUUACUUCCCUGCUCCCAGAGCCCACCCCGCCCCAGGCCCUGACUUGGUAGCCCAGAGGAGGAAGUGAUGCAACAGUGUCUCCUGAGCCUCCAGCAGUGACCUAAAGAUUCAAGUUCAGAUUUUGAGUGUGGGAUGUAUUGGUCAAGGUUUAACUGGGUUUUUUCCCUUUCGUUCUUCUUUUUUUUGUUGUUGGGAUGCUUUAUUUUGUUUUUGGAAAUACAAAGGAAAUGAGAGAAUUUUUCCUUCCUAUUGGUCACAGAAAACAGGAGAAAGCCAGAGCCAAUGAUUUGUGUGCUCUGUAGUGACCCAGAGACCAAAGAAUUAUUUUCUUUAUUCCUUCUCUUAUUUUUCUCUCAUCCGGGGCAAGUUCUUCUGACGCUCUUGGAAGGAGCAGCUCUGUAGGUAUUGCUGCUGAGUCGGCAAAUUCUCUCAGAAAUCUUCUUAGAGGGACUGCUUGGUGCCCAGGAGAGGCAGAAGAAAUUGUUUAAAAAGUGGCUUCAUUGGUCACAUGAAGACAGGAGGUACUGAUGCUGAUAGAGAUGGAAAGUCAAGAGAUUUGACCAAGUACAUCUUUGAUCCAUCUGACUUCAGGAGAAGGAAAGAUUGAUCCUUUUUCAACAAACAGCAUCCAUGGAAGUGAAAGGACAUUUUAUCUUUUAGUAAUACAUUUGUUCAAGCUAUUUUAAUCUGGGUUCUUCUAGACAUUGGCUUUCACCCCCAGCCAUCUCAUUUGGUUUUUUAAAGCCCAGCCUAAUGGAUUUUUAAGAGUCUCCAAACCAAGCUAUGCCAGAGGGUAAUAGUGACCUCCCACAUUUCAAAGGGUGAAUCAACAUGGCUUUGAGCAUUUAAGUGUUUUUUUUUCAAUUUCAAUGAGGAAAUGCUGGAGGUUGUCACAGCCUCCCCAGAAACCUCUGCUGCCACCCAAAGUGAAAUCCUUUCAUCUUUUACCCCUCUCGUCAUAGAAAUAUGUCACAUUAAAAACAACAAAAAAACCU